UUUGAAGUCAAGUGGAGGUCAUCACUGAUAUCAAGCAAUGCAGAUUGGGUGCUUCUUUCUCAGAGACCUCAGUAUACAAACAGUUCUUUGGAGUGAAGGUUUAAGAGUAAAAUGGUUGAGACGGAGGCCUAUCAAGGGGACCAGGGGAUGGCAGUGCGCAAGCCAUCCCCUGCUGCAGCAGACCUGGUCUCCACCCUCAAGAAGGCCCUCUUCAUCAUAGGGUCAACCACUAUUGUCUUUGUUGCUCUGAGGAACAGUCUUACAUAUCAUCUGCAGCACUUCUGGGGAGCUUCUGGUGACUUCUGGCAACACCAGUGGGACAAAAUCCUUCAGACUUUUGGAGAUGAUCCUUACUUCCUCAUGGUUUAUGGGUCUACAAUCGUGUCCUACUUUGUCUAUUGGAGCAUUGGCAUCCUGUACACGCUAAUGGACACGACAAACAAGCCAGCCUUCCUCCGUCGAUAUAAAGUGCAACCAGGAACAAAUGAACCAGUUGAACCUUGGAAGCUUGUAAAGUGUAUCCUUUGGGUACACUUCAACCAGUUCUUCGUGGGUAUUCCAUUCUCCAUUGCCAGCUAUUAUUUGCUUGCUCUGCGCGGCUACGACCAGUCCCCACAGCUGCCCACUUUCCAUUGGGUACUCUUCGAGCUUAUUAUUUGCAUUUUGCUUGAAGAAGUUGGAUUUUACUACUCACAUAGGCUGUUCCACCACAGGCUACUCUACAAGCACUUCCACAAGAUGCACCAUGAGUGGCAGAGCCCCAUCGCCAUCACAGCCAUUUAUGCCCACCCUCUGGAGCACAUCUGUUCCAACCUCUCGCCAGUAUUCCUUGGCCCACUGGUCCUUGGCUCACACGUUGCUACUGUCUGGCUGUGGGUUAGCCUCACCAUCCUCAGCACCCUUAAUGCCCAUAGUGGGUAUCAUCUGCCAUUCUUCCCAUCACCUGAGGCUCAUGACUUCCAUCACCUGAAGUUCAAUCAGUGCUAUGGUGUAUUAGGGGUGCUUGAUCUCCUCCAUGGCACAGAUGACAAAUUCCGUGCCUCGAAGUGCUUCUCCCGCCACCUGAUGAUGCUGUCUCUCAUUCCCCCCCGUGAGGCAUAUCCUGAUGAUGAGCCUAAGGGCAAGACUGUCAAAGGGAAACAGUGUUAGUUAUGCAAGCUGGGCUCUGUGGGGAGCAAGAAAAUGAGAAAAAAGAUUUAAGUAUUGUUGUCUUACCAUUCCUUCAUAUAUAAGCUCUAGUAUGAAAUGUGCCACUGCUACAGGUGUCUUAAGAAUGGCCACAUAGUGUGAUAUUGAGAAAUUGAUGUCAUAGAGGUUGUAACUGAUUUAUUCCUGGAUUGGAAAUCUCUAAUUAGCAACAAUUAUCACAAAGUAAAUAACAAAGUACUUAGCGGACAGAAAUAGAAUGCCUAACAACUUAAUUUCUCUCAUAUGAAAUGUAAGGAAAAACAUCACUUGGUACAAGGAAAUCAAUCUUAUAUCAUAGUCAUAUUGAAAACAUUUAUAUUUCAAAAUAUCAUCUUAUGCAUCAUUGUACAUGAUUCAUAAUUAACAAAAUUAACUCUGGGCCAUCUCACUUCUGAAGACAGGCUAGAAAUAUUAUGCAACAUAAUCUUAUACCUUCAUUCUAUAAUUAAUGGCAUUUUGGGCUUCACAAAUAAGUUUUGUGAAGUUUAACUUGUAUGACAGAUACUGGAAACAAUUACCUUAUAUAUAAGGAGUCAAGGUUUUGUGGUGUACUGAAAUUCCUCAAAUAAGAUCGCUUCUCCCCAAGGGUUCUUGUCUGCUGUCUACCAUCUGCCCAUCUUGAUUAAACUUCUGCUUCCUAUAAAAAAAUUGAAAUAAAAUGAACAAAAUCUUUGUCAAGCAUGCUGGCUUUCUAUCAUAUGGUUGGACCUUUUCCUACACUUCCCAUGGACUAAAGGUGUAUUAACUCUUUAAACAACUCUCUCUUUUGCAUUAAUAAUUUCUGAACUUUCAUGAUACUUCCUCACAAAAAUGCAAUAAUUCCAGAGAUACAUUUACAAAAUAUUUGGAGACAUCAGUAAUCACCUAACUGGAUGCUUCUGAAUUAGUUAACUUUUAACUCAGUGAUGGAGAAUGCCAUCCUAAUGUGGAAAACAUCAGUAUGAAAAUGAAAAGAAAUAAACAAUUACUUUGGUUGAUUUUUAUUAUUUAUUAUUCAGUUACAUGAUUUAGCUAUGAUUAAGUAUCCAUUAAAGUUUGGAGUCUUAUGGGAAAGAAAGAGAUAUCUGGGUUGAGUGAGGGGGAAGAAAUAUGAUAUGCAUGCAUUGUACGUUUCAAAGUGAACUUCUUGCAACUGCAGGCACUAUUCUUGCAUACAUUUGUGUAUGGCCACCAACAGGAUGUACUCUAGAGGGCAUAUCUGUGUAGUAGACAGCUGUGUUUAUCUUUUACUUUUUCUUGUGCUGCCUAGGUAUUAUGAAGGAUGUAAGAGUUUGAUUCACAAUAACUAGGGUUUGCCAUGCCUUUCCCACUGGACCUGUGGGACUUCAUGUGUCGUUGAUAUGUAUUGGAAUGUUGUAGUCAGAAGCUUUAAGAAUUUAAGGGAUAGCACGUAUAAGUACACUAUAUAAAUAUCUUACCCUGAAUACUAAUAUGUAAUUAAUUGCAUCGAUAAUGACCAUAGCUUCCAUGCCUGUACUUUCCAUAUACAGGACUCAAUAGCAGGUGCUAGGGUCUGUUGUUGUAAUACUAUUAUUUCUUUCUCUUUUUAAUAUUUUUUGUUUGUUUGUUUUCCCAUUUUUUCUUUAUAUUCAUGCAGGGAAUAAUGCUAAGCACAACCAACAAUAUCACUUAGGAAUAAAGUAAAUGAUAAUAUAGAUACAAGGCAAUGAGCUUACAGGUGAUAUACUAUAUAGGAACUUUACAAGGAUUUAUCUUCCCAGUUUGUGCAGUUCUGAUAAGCCUAUACACCCUCAGGAGUAUUGAGAGAGGAAUGGGUGUUGUGAAAUUGAUACGUGGGGUGUUUGGGGCUGAGUGGAAGGGUAAAAAGGGUAUGUGCAUUGAUGGAUUGGUGGAUGGGGAAGUAAGGGCUUAGUGGCAAGAUGGAAUUGAUUGAAUGCUUGACAGUGCUCUAUGGAAGGGUAGAUGGGAAAUGAACAUAAGCAUGUUCAUGGUAGAAGGUGUGGCUUAUCUGCCACCUUCUUUAGGUUGUUAUGAAGGAAGUGGUUUCAUGCUGGGCUGAUUGACUCAGUUGUCUCUCUGUUUUUGUGGUUGUUUUCAAGAGUCAGCAUGUCACAAAUUUGUCAUCAUCUUUACCAUACCUAAAUGUGCUUUAUUUAAGAAUGAUGAAUGGCCUAUAUUAUUGUCUAUAUACAGGAUUUGCUUGUUGCUGCUGCACUUACCUAGGGAAGUAUGACUUUUCCUCUUAUUUUCCUUCUCCUUUGACGUUUCUUUUUUGUAGGAUUAAUGUUACCUUUAUCUUAUGUCAGUAUUUAUCUAUCAAGUUGAUACUUAUACAUAUUAGAAAAGGAUACAUUUUCAAAAUAUCUCCAAACUUGAAGAUUUUUGAAGGUAGAACUUGUAGAAAGGCCAGAAAACAUUUCCAUUUUUCAUUUGAAGAUAUGCUGUGGAACUCACUCUGUGCACGUCCAUUCUCUGCAGUCACCAUACAUAGGAAGAUGACUGUGUUUGUUUUUUCCAUUUUUUUCUGACUGGUUCCCUAGCUAGUCCACCAGUCAAGGAGUAUGCUGAAGCAGAGUGGCUGAUCUAUUUACUCAUUCAACUUGAUAGUUCUUAUAGUCAAUGCAAUUUAGAUAUUAGGAUGGUAAGAAGAAGACCGGUGUUAGUUUUAUAUUUAUAUUUGUACAAGAAUGUAUAUGGAUAUAUGAAUAUAUAUAUUUAGGUACCCCUUUUAUUGUUCGUAAGGCAGAAAUUGAUAUGAGAGAACAAUGCAAAGACAUUAUGUAUGUAUUUAUACAUAUAUUUUUUAUUUUUUACAAAGAAAUUUAUAACAUUCACUGUUUGAAAUUCACUUGCAGUUCAGAUUUUAUGUUAUUUUAUUUAUUAAUUCAAAGAAGGAAUCAUCUUUCUAACAUAAUAUCUUUCUAUCUGUACAUUUACCUAUAAUACUUCAUCGCUCAAAUGCAGUUCAUGCCGCACUUUGUCUUUCUUUGCAUAAAGAAUGAGAGGACAUUAUUUAAAUUACAGAAAUGUACAGGUACACAUCAGUACUGAAACAAGUGAAUACAUGAACAACAAAAAAUGAGUAAAUCUAGGGACGGAAAAUGCCCUCUAAAUGAAGUUGUCUCUUGUAGCUUUUAACUGCUGUUGUCUUUUCCAAAAAAUUGGAAAUAAUAGUCUUUCCUAAAAAAGGCUUCCAAAAUAAGGAAUUCUGCAAUGUGGGGAUAUUUCCCCAUGUUUGGAAGUUGCAAAAGAAUGAUUAUUUGAAAUUUUUGUGUAAGUGCAUUUAUUUCUAGAUAUAUUUUUCAUGUGUGAUACAAAGGAAGAGUGAUUUUGAUGUGCUUCCUGACAAAGACACAGCGCCUGAAAGCACUAAAAAUUCAUAUAUAACUUUUCUUCCAGCCGUAUUUGCUAACUGCUUGUAAAAUUUAGCAUAAUAAAGCUUAGAAAGAAA